AACUCCACAGAUGCGGAGGACGCAAACCGCGUUCCCUCAGAGCUGCACGAAGGUAGUCGAACUCCGGGCGCUCGCUCCUUUCUGCUAGCACCAUGGCUUCUAAACCAGGCAAGAAGAAAGAGCUUCACCGCAUCAGCUCUGUGCAUGGGUUCGAGAAGUCAAAAGAUCAGUCAUCUUUUGGGAGUAGCACCCAGUCUGGUUUGACUGAAAUAAAAAGAGGAAAAUUCCCAAUUUGGCCAGAAUGGAAUGAAGCAGAUAUAAAUGCAGAAAAGUGGGAUGGAGGAAAAGCAGGAAAAGAAAAAGACAAAUCUGGGAAAAGUCCUAUUUUUCAUUAUUUUGAUGACCCUGAAGGGAAGAUUGAAAUGCCACCAUCACUAAAAGUUUUUUCAUGGAAACGUCCACAAGAAGUUUUCAUCAACAGGAAUCUUGUGGUAGUGAAAGAGGAAAAUUCGUUUGACUUAUUUUCAGAAAAUGGACAUUUGCUCUGCAGUGAGCUGAUGAGAUGGAUUAUCAGUGAGAUAUAUGCAGUAUGGAGGACAUAUAAUGGACAUAUUUCAAGUUCUUCAACAGAUCCUCCUGUUCUAAAUUGGAAACCCUGGGAACAUAUAUAUUCUCUAUGCAAAGCAGUGAAAGGGCAUAUACCUCUAUUUAAUAGCUAUGGAAAAUAUAUUGUGAGACUUUAUUGGAUGGGUUGUUGGAGAAAGCUAACUGUUGAUGACAGUCUUCCAUUUGAUGAAGAGAAUAAAUUAUUACUUCCUGCUACAACUUAUGACUUUGAACUUUGGCCAAUGAUACUAGCUAAAGCCAUCCUUAAGCUCACAAAUGUUGACAUCCACAUGGCUGACCAACGAGAAUUAGGAGAAUUCACAGUUUUUCAUGCACUUACAGGAUGGUUACCAGAAGUCAUUCCUCUUCGCAAUGGCUAUUUGGACAAAAUUUGGAAUUUCUUGAAAGAAAUAUUGCCAGAGUUUAAACUGAUAAAGGAGAACAGUUCUGACAGACUAUCAGAUGGGAAGACCAGAGAAAGAAGAGAUUCCAAGGAUGGUUUGGAUUCCAAGAAUGGAAAAGAAGGCAAGAAUGGAAAAGAAGGCAAGAAUGGAAAAGAAGGCAAGAAUGGAAAAGAAGGCAAGGAGGGAAAAGACGGCAAGGUUGGGAAAAAUGGAAAAGAAGAAAAAGUUGGGAAAGAAAGCAAAACUGAAGGUUCACAAGUCAAAGGAGCUGAUAAAGGUGAUAAGUCUGGAAAAGAGAAAGUAGAUGUGAAAGAAGUAAAGAAGAAACCAAAAGAUGGGGAGAAGGAGAGAAACAAGAUGUCUUCUCAUAUUUCAAGAGCUCCAUCAGAUGCACAACAUUCUCUGCUGUCCGUAUCAGAGAUUGGAGUUGGAGUACAAAUUAUUCCGCAGAUACCUCAGAUUAUGGUCUAUGGUACUUUUACACCUCUUCAUUUGUUUGAAAAGAAGAUCUUUACUCUAGAGAAAAUGACAGACUCUGCUGAGAAGCUCAGAGAAUAUGGACUUUGUCAUAUAUGUAGCCAUCCAGUGAUCAUUACCAGAACUAGGUCUUGUCCACUUAUAGCCCCACCAAAACCACCAGUUUUACCUGCUUGGAAACUUAUUCGCCAAAAGAAAGAAACUGUAGUGACAGAUGAACCUCAAGAUCCAGUAAUAAAGAAACCUGAACAAUUUCUUGAGAUUUCAAGCCCAUUUUUGAACUUCAGGAUGAAUCCCAUUCCAAUUCCAACAGAAACGCAUUAUGUGCUCUCUCUGCUUAAGAAAGGGGACCCUUUUAUUGGCUUACCUUCUCUUGUUGAACUUGAUGAAAGUCAGAGUACUAUAGACAUGAACAUAAUGACAGGAGCUUUGAGUAUAGCAAAUAUUUCUCAGCUGAAUUUUGGUAUUGCCAAUGGAACUACUAAAGAAGAGGCAUCAGAAAAUGUGAUUACUGUUGGAAUUCGUCAAUCAGAGGCAACUGAUUUAGUUAGCCAGCACACAUCCACCCUGGAUAAAUCUCAAGAAGAGGUUGUAGCAGAAGUUAUUCCUAUUUGCAAAGAAAUCUGGUUUGACUAUGAUGACUUCUGCAGAUGCUUCCAGAAUGUGUAUAUUUUCCACAAACCAACUUCAUACAUCUAUAGCUAUCAGAGGUCAGACUUUAAGUCCACAGAUGAUCGGGUAUUUUAUUAUUUAUUUGUGGAUAGUCUGAAGCCUAUUGAACUUCUGGUUUGCUUUUCUGCAUUGGUACGCUGGGGAGAGUCUGGAGCCUUACAUAAAGAGAGUCCUGCCAUAGAACCUGGCGUACUUACAGCAGAAACAUUUUCUUGGAAAUCUCUGACAAAGCGGGAUCUUGUACUGAAGAUACAUACAUAUGCUACUAAAGCUGCUAUAAUCCACCUUCCUGUUGGGCGGCAUAUGUUAAUUUUCACUGUAAAUUCUCCAGUAGGACAUCAUAUCCACCUAUGCAGCAUGGUAUACUUUAUCUUUGGAGAAGAAGAUGUUGUUAUGCCUUAUUUUGAGAAGGAAAGCUUACAAUUUGUAGAACAAGCUAUGUCAAUUUUAAGAGCUCUUGGAUCUGUCAUGAAUAAUUUCAGAGACAAGGAAAGACUUGAUGUUGCUUUGAAAGAGUUACAUGCAGCUCACUACCCUCCAGAACUUAAAGAUAAGAUGCUAUCGACACAGCACUACAGGGUUUUCUAUCUUUCUUUAUGGCGUUUAUUUAAAAAAGUGUUUGGAGCCAAGGCGCCUCCCAAUUUCAGAUUUGCAUUCCGAGCUCUUACUUUGGACUUCAGCUUGCUUGAAACUUUUUCAGAAGAUGCUUCUUUAGUGGAGUGGAUAGAUGCUAAAUACCCUGAAACAGUGGAUGACAGAAAUUACAGUUGUGAUGAAUUAAUGGCAGCAAUUAAACUACAAGCUUUUUGGAAAGGAACUUAUACUAGGCUCCUUAUGAAGGCCAGACAACCAGACACAAAUGAAAAUUAUGCUGUUGCAGACACUCUACAAAGACUUUGGAGUUUACUGGAGGUCAAUUUAGAACAAUAUUCAACCUCAUUAUUAAGAUUAAUGUUUAAAAGCAAAUGCAAAUCCUUUGAGCUAUAUCCAUGUUAUCAAGAUGAAGAAACUAAGAUAGCUUAUGCUGAUUAUUCUAUAACCUAUCCUGAUCAGCCACCAAAUUCUUGGUUUAUAGUUUUUAGAGAAACAUUUUAUGUAACACAAGACAUGCUCUUGGUGCCUAAAAUGUAUACUACUCUUCCAGUCUGUAUGCUCCAUGUUGUUAAUAAUGACACAAUGGAGGAAGUGCCACGAGUGUUCCUCAAAGUGGUACCUUAUGUCUAUACCAAAAAUAAGAAGGGAUACUCAUUUGUUGCAGAAGCCUAUACGAAUGAGUUUUAUGUAGCACCUGGAAAAUGGAAACUCCGUAUCAUUGGUUCUUUUACUCCACUGCCAUAUCUUGCUCGAGAAGCUGUUAAUGGUUUAUUUGCCAUGAGGGAAAUUAAGGACUAUUAUAUUCCUAAUGAGAAGCAGGUUAUGUUCAGAUACUCAAUAAAAGUGGCACUAGCUCAUGUUGUGACAGUACAGGUACGUACUUCCAAAACGGAUGUUUUCAUCAAACUACAGAUACUGGAAAAUGAAGAAGAGGCAGUAAGCACUAUUGGAAAAGGCCAUGCUAUAAUUCCUACAUUUCUUUUCCUUAGUAGUGAAAAGGCUUUAAGCUCUCAAUCUAGCAAGCAACUUCUUGUUCAUAAUAUGGUUCCCAAGAAGGAAGUAGAAGUGCCACAACCCAAGAAAAAAAAUCCUGGAGGAACUCAAAAAGUUAAUAAAGCUCGAUCUUCCGGUACAACUGACACUAUAUCUGUUAUUGAAGAAGACUCUGUUAGCAUUCCAACUCUUGAUGAAAAUUCUCAACUUUCCCAGCAGACAUAUAAGUAUAUCAUACAAGCUACAGUAUUAUUUAACAGUUGGCCCCUUACAGAAAGCCAAUUGGCAUUUGUUCAAACACUCAGAGAUUUGGAGAAAAGUGAUCUCAAAGAAGAGCCUAAAAUAAUCAAGAAGAAAAGAGGACACAUUCCUGAAUUUGCACAUGAAGAAUUAAUCUCAAUUGGAAUUUCAGAAGCCCAUGGCACUACUGAUGGGCAAAAAACUACAACUACUACUAAAACAACUCGAAAAGGUAAAGAUAAAGCUGCUGAAAAGGCAGAAAAAGAGAAGGCAGCCAAAGAAAAGGUAUUACCUAAGGCUGAACCUCAGGCUCAGCAACAAGAUCCAAAUAAGCCUUACUGGGUAUUGCGCCUGGUCACUGAACAGACUGAAUCUGAUGCUAUGGAAAUAAAGAAAGAUACAGAAAGAGCUGAUGAAAUCCGAGCAAUGAAACAAGCAUGGGAGUCUGCGGAGCCAGGGAGAUCUAUCAAGGCUAUUCAAGCUCGCAUACAGUUUGUUAACAAAUUCGCAAAGAAAUCUGAGACUGAAGAAGUGUAUGAAGAUGCAGCUAAUAUCCCAGAAGAGUUAAGGAGUCCUAAGGAAUCAACAACAGUCUCUAAUAUUGAGUCUGCAACUGUAUCAACUCCUGAGCCAGCUCAGUUUGAUUUUAAGAAAGAAUUAAUACCUUUAGAUCUUACUCAGUAUAUCCAACAAACACGAGAUGAGCCUGUGUUAUACAGUGAGGCUUUAGCCCAGCAACGAGAAAUGCAGAAAGCAGAGGAAGUUCAUCAGUUUCGUCAGUAUCGAGAAAAAGUACUUAAGAAAAGAGAGUUUGAAGAUGGAGUACGGAAGAAGUUAAAGACAAAAGUUUUGGAUACCUAUGGAGAUAUCCGCUCAUCCCUACAGGACACCCAUGAUGUGGUUUUCCAACCUCGAGAAGCUUACAGAGAGAAGUUGCUAGAAGAGGAACGCCAACGACUAGAGGCAUUAGCAGCACAAGAAGCAGCCCUUAAGCAAGAGCAGGAGAAGAAAAGUCCUGACAAUCAGCAAAAAAAAGGAAAACCCGGGAAAAAAAAGUGACCAUGGGACGUUAAACAUUUCCCUUAUUCAGAAAAGGAAAAUUAUUUUUUUAUGAAUGAAUGUUGAGUAUAUUUAUGAGAUAAAAUGAUAGGUCAUUUGAAAGUAUGUUUUUUUAAUAAACAUUACAUAAGUCAGAGCA